AUGGCUGUGUUCGAAGUCAGCACCUCUGUCCUAGGUCAGCUGAAGAAGAGCAAUGUUGUUCUUAACUCAGACCUUUGGAACUCAAUCCAAUCAAUUCAGAUGCGCGGUAACGAGGUGGAGGACUGGUGCUGUUUCGCAGACGUCUAUAAUGGCAAGUCUCUUGGGUAUUCGGGUGGAGAUGACAUGUACAUCGGCUUUCUUCCAUCACUCCAGCAUGUUAUCGUGGUUAAUCAUGUUGAUGAGGGCGAAGAGCGCUAUGACUACAGCCACCAUGAAAUCGCCGACACUCUUGAGUUGGCUUUUGGAAAGACCAUACUAGUCGCCACUACCGAUAUUACCAAACUCACUUCACCCACGCGCGCCCCAGUGCCGCAAAACCUCUCCUACCCGUUCCUAACCUGGAAACUGGACGAUCUCGUCAAGUUCGCGUGGCAAUUCGACGGCGCUGAACGGGGUAUCGUAGGCUCGGAAUUCGUCAUCAUGGAUGAUCAGACACUUGAGGAUAAGACAGUGGUACUCGUUACGCCAUCUGAGGGAUACGACGAUGUAGAGACGGCACCUAGACUAACUGCACGGUCGGAUUUCCGCUCUAGCCUCAUUACGCUGAACGUCAAGAGUAUUGGAGUAGGUGGUGAUGAACCGUGGGAGGAAGCGGCGGAGCAGGAUGGACGGGUGAUUAGACUGUAUGACGGAAACAGUUCAGAAUAG